GGAGCCCGGUGUGCACAGCCCCCUAUAGCCAUCCCUACAUGGAGGAGCCUCCGCUGUCUAUGGAGCCCAGUGUGUGCACAGCCCCCCAUAGUCAUCCCUACAUGGAGGAGCCUCCGCUGUCUAUGGAGCCCAGUGUGUGCACAGCCCCCCAUAGCCAUCCCUACAUGGAGGAGCCUCCGCUGUCUAUGGAGCCCGGUGUGUGCACAGCAGGGUAGAGGCCGGACCCCUGCACGGUUAUUUUUGCUCCUCUUCCUCCGGGUACACAUCAUACACGUGUUCCGGUGAGGGAGUGACAGCGCCGGAGUGGUUAAUGCCGCCCCUUCCCCCGCCAGCAUGGCGCACGGAUCGCUCGGUCACCGCUGAGCACACACGCCUGUCCUCCUCACACUCAAUCCAGCCGCCCGCUCCUGACACAGCCACCAGCCGGCUCAUAGAUACCGUACACCAACCGCUGGCCUUACCUCCUCCUGAGGGCUUUUACCGCGAGACCGGCGCCGGGAGAGGACGUCACAGGUCACAUGACCUGGCUGCUCCGCUCCUGCAUUAAUUUCUCGGGCAGCCCCCCAUGAUGGCUUCUCUAAGGGAUGCAGGACUAGGAGCUUUCACGUUUUUUGCUUCAGCUCUCCCUCACGACGUAUGUGGAAGUAAUGGUCUCCCUCUCACUCCAAACUCUAUCAAAAUCCUUGGGCGAUUCCAAAUUCUCAAGACCAUUGUCCACCCCCGACUCUGCCAGUAUGUGGAUAUCACCCGUGGGAAGCAUGAGAGACUGGUGGUUGUAGCUGAGCACUAUGAAAAAAGUCUUGAAGAUUUGCUAAAGUGCAGGAAGCCUGUGAGCCCUUUGAAGAUUUUGCACUUUGCUUUUGAAGCCCUUCAGGGAUUGGAGUAUUUGAACAGCCAUCGCAUUGUCCACCGAGCACUGUCUCCGCACAAUAUCCUGCUGGAUGGCAAGGGUCAUGUUAAGAUGGCUAAAUUUGGCCAUUAUUACAUAACUGAUCACGGAGCGGAUGUAGAUUUUCCAAUUGGAUACCCAUCUUAUCUGGCACCAGAAGUAAUUGCCCAGGGAACCAUAAAACCUAAAGAUCCCACUCAAUUUGAGAGACCUCUGCCCUCAGGACCCAAGUCAGAUGUGUGGUCACUGGGUGUAAUUCUGUUUGAACUUUGUAUGGGAAGAAAAUUAUUCCAAAGCCUGGACAUAUCCGAGAAGGUAAAAGUAAUACUUGAAUUAGGCUGCGUUGAUGACAUUGUGACCGUGCUCGCCGAAGAACAUGGAUGUGUGGAAGUGAUAAAGAGUCUUCCUGGAAACGUCUUAACGUUAUUAGGAAAAUGUCUUACUUAUCAUCCCUCAAAAAGGCCCACAGCUUCAGAUUUACUUCUCGAUGACAUAUUUAGUGACAUCUCACCUGCAUACACACCCUUCCGCAAACCUGCCAGCCUGUUCUCCUCUGCUCUGAGAUGUGCCGACCUUUCCCUGCCUGAGGACAUCAGUCUCCUGUGCAAAGAUGAAGGCAACCUUCUGGCAGAACGAUCCAUCGAGGAGGUGUACCACCUCUGGUGCUUGGCUGGAGGAGACUUGGAAAAAGAAUUGGUCAGUAAAGGAAUCAUAAGGUCCAAACCACCGAUUUGCACAUUACCCAACCUCUUAUCAGAAGAUGGAGAAAGCUUUGGUCGUGGAAGAGACAGAAGCUCCCUUCUUGAUGACACAACAGUGACUUUAUCUCUUUGCCAACUCAGAAAUAGGUUGAAAGAUGUGCCUGGCGAAGCAUAUUACCCUCUCCUAGGAGAAGACCAGUCAAACGUCCCUCAUUCUGGUAGUAACAGCGAGCUCUCUACAUCCACCCUUCCUCUGAUUAUCAGAGAGAAAGACACAGAAUAUCAGCUCAACCGCAUUGUCUUGUUUGAUAGACUACUCAAAGCUUACCCAUACAAGAAGAAUCUGAUUUGGAAGGAAGCUCGAGUGGACAUUCCUCCUCUUUUGAGAGGAUUAACCUGGGCAGCGCUUCUGGGUGUAGAAGGUGCCAUACAAGAAAAGUAUGAUUCCACAGACAAGGACACACCAAUUCCUACUGACCGUCAGAUUGAAGUAGACAUUCCACGAUGUCAUCAAUAUGACGAGCUCCUGUCAUCACCCGAAGGACAUGCAAAAUUUAGAAGGGUCUUAAAAGCUUGGGUGGUAUCACAUCCAAACUUAGUAUACUGGCAAGGAUUGGAUUCAUUGUGUGCUCCAUUCCUCUAUCUGAAUUUUAACAAUGAAGCACUGGCAUAUGCAUGUAUGUCUGCCUUCAUACCAAAGUACCUAUACAAUUUCUUUUUGAAGGAUAAUUCUCAUGUCAUUCAAGAGUACCUGACUGUUUUUUCCCAGAUGAUUGCAUUUCAUGACCCAGAACUGAGUAACCACCUUAAUGAAAUUGGUUUCAUUCCAGAUCUCUACGCUAUUCCAUGGUUCCUCACAAUGUUCACACACGUCUUUCCGCUGCACAAGAUCUUCCAUUUGUGGGACACUCUGCUCUUGGGGAACUCCUCCUUCCCUUUCUGUAUUGGAGUGGCUAUUCUGCAGCAGCUGAGGGUCAGGCUUCUCGCUAAUGGAUUUAAUGAAUGCAUUCUCCUAUUUUCAGAUUUACCAGAAAUUGACAUAGAGCGAUGUGUGCGUGAGUCAAUCAACCUCUUCUGCUGGACUCCAAAGAGCGCUACCUACAGGCAACAUGCUCAGUCACCGAAACAAGCAAGCGACAGUAACGGCAUGAACAGAUCUCCAGCUAGUUUCACCACUGAAUACCAGGACUCUUCCAAGACUGAUUUGGGAAGAGAACCCAUCAAGUUAAGUGAACUAAAAGCAGAGGUGUCCCCUCGAAUAUCGGCAGAGGAUCUGAUUGACCUGUGUGAACUGACCGUGCCUUUUCACACGAAGGGACCCACCAAAAAGACCAAGUCUAGUAAGCCCAAGUUACUUGUGGUUGACAUUCGCAACAGUGAAGACUUUAAUCGAGGACAUAUACCAGGUAGUAUUAAUAUGCCCUAUGGCUCAGCAUUCACUGCAGAUAGAGAACUGGUGCCAGGUCCUGCCAGUGCCACCCUUCAGAGUUUCAAAGGCAAAGUGAUUGUGUCUGUUGGCCAUGUGUCAACAAAUGCAGCAGAGUUUGCAGCACAUCUGGUGAAGUUGGGAUACCCACGAGUUUGUAUUCUGGAUGGUGGAAUGAACAAGAUGAAGCCAACUGGUCUACUAACUGUACCAUCCCCUCAAAUAUGAAAUCUCUAAAGUCUCUGACCGUUGCACUGGUGUUACUGGACCAAUCUACUUCCAUAUAUAUUAUCCACAGCAUCAUGACCCUGGAAGAUGUCAGUAAAGAUUACACCCAUCAGGCUGCACACAUUACUUUUACUUUAUGUGGAGUAAAGCAGUGACCAGUUAUGUUCAAGUUUCAAGAACAAUUAGUAUAAUAUUCUGCAG